GUGGACUGUAGUAGUUACUAGUGAGCACUGACAAGAAAAAUCCAAUAAUUUCGAUUUUCGAUCCUCGGCUAUAUUUUAAUUCCCUUCUUGAAGUUCUUAAAAUAUAGUGUCAUUUCAUAUUGAAAUUCAGAAAUAAAUAAUGGUUUAACAAAAUUAUCAGCGGACCAUUAGUCUCUGAUAGUGUUAUUUAAUAUUGUUAGAGUUAAAGGUGCUAUAAUUAUGAGUUUGGUUAGUAAAAAGUGUGAAUCAAUAUCUCUUCUCGAAUCCAAUCGUGAUGAAAUCAUCCCUAACAACGUUACUCCGGACGACGUUUUAAAAUUCAAUAAAAUAACUGAUACCUACUUAUGUAGUCCGGACGCGAACGUGUACGAUAUAGAUUUCACACGAUUUAAAAUACGCGAUCUCGAAACUGGCACCGUUCUUUUUGAAAUUGCCAAACCUCCGACCGACUUCGGUGUUGACAAUGAGGGUGCAGAAGAAGUCCCUGAAGAACCAUUGGAUCCUAAUGCGGGCAGAUUCGUGAGAUACCAAUUCACUCCACAGUUUCUAAAGCUGAAGACAGUCGGGGCAACGGUUGAGUUUACAGUCGGGGCUCGUCCUGUCAAUCAUUUUAGAAUGAUUGAAAAACACUUCUUUAGGGACACAUUACUUAAGACCUUUGAUUUUGAAUUUGGCUUCUGUAUUCCAUUUUCAAGAAACACAUGUGAACACAUAUAUGAGUUCCCAUCACUGCCACCAAAUCUUGUCGAAGAAAUGAUAGCAGCCCCGUUUGAGACAUGUUCUGAUAGCUUCUACUUUGUGGACAACCAUCUUGUAAUGCACAAUAAAGCUGACUACGCUUACAACGGAGGCAUUAACAAUUAAGAUCAAUUUGUCUGUAACACUUUUUUUAAAUUAUAUAAGCACUUUGUAUACUUAUUAAUGGUUUUAAGAAGCAAGUGUGAACAUUGAAUGUUCUUUUCAUUAAUUAUAUUGCAUGAAGCAAACAUUACUAUAACAAUACUCUUUUAGGAAAUAGUGACCUUAUAUAUCUGUGUAUGUUUUGAUGUCGUCGGCAAUCUUAACUUUGUUACGUAAACCUGUAACAGUAGUAUGUUUAAAUAUAAAUUUAUUUCUUAAAUACUUUCAACAUUCCAUUUGAUCUCAUAUUAUUGAUGUUGUAAUAGAUGUUAAUGAAGUAUGUAUUUGUAUGGCAAGUAUACCUUUUCCUUGUAGGACCAGUAUUUGUUUUGUUUGCGGUUAAAAAGUUGAUAACACUCGAGUGAUUUGUUGUAUUUUGCACCGUUUCAAUCGACAUCCGUUUGCGUGAGACACGGAUGUAUUUUUUAAUGAUUUAUAUUUAGCACAUAUUCUAGUCACUUAAUUAUUAUCUGUGUUAUGUAAUACUUACCACUCUCUGGGCUUUUGAGGAUACCCGGAACAUGGAAAUAUUUUAGAUGGGAUAUCAGUAAUCAAAUGUCAUUACGGUUACUAAAUAACAUACUUAACUAUCCUUAUUUAGUCAUAAUGAAUUUAAAUUAUUUAACUUUGUUUUAUUUUACAAGUUUCGCAUCGUGAUAAUUCAAUCAAAAUAAUUAUAGCUUUAUCCAGUUCAAAAACAAUUUUAUUAUUUUCUUAUCAAUUGUUGGUCAAAAAUGUGAACGACUAGGACUGAAAACUUCCAACUGUAUCACAUAUGAAUUCUGUUAAGGUUUUAUUGCAAUCAAGCAGCUUUUUUGUUUAACAUCAAUUUAUUGAAGAUAUAAAUAUCUUAGCAACACUAAUAUAAUAACAAGACAAAGGUAUUCCGAAGAACAUAAGUCAAGAAAUAGAUAGAAAGGGCUUUCACUAAUACAAGUACAUAAUUUUGUUAAGGAAAAUUAUUGUACACCUAUCAUCGAAGAGAGUGUUAAUCAAGUUUUAUUGAUAAGUGUACUUGUUUUAAUAUUACGAAUCUUAUACUUUCUAAAUGUGUUCAACUUGUAAUGUCCUAUUGAUAUUACAUUUCAAUUAUUUAUUAUUGUAUUGAAAUCAAUUAGGGCCCAUCGAGUCUCUAACAGAUAUCGCAUACUCGUCACCCCGUAGAACUAGAUAAUUGAGCUUAUGUAUGAAUAAAAUGUAAUGGCUAUUAAAUAAA